AUGAAGCUCCUGAACCUCUUCAACGGAUUGCUUUGCGCUUCCUCCGUGCUUGCUACUUUCAGGAAGCCUGUCAAGCCUACGCUUCCCAGGUCUGUGAUCGAAAAGCGCGUGUCCAGCCAGCCGUUCUCGCACCCUGAGAUCCAGAAGCGAGCUUCUCGUUUCCUAACAGAUAAGACUGAGGCUUUCGCUGUCAACGGCUCUGGCAUUCCAGAAAUUCCCUUCGACAUUGGCGAGUCUUACGCUGGCUUGCUUCCCAUCUCAGACAGCCCUGAUGAGACACGCAAGCUUUUCUUUUGGUUCUUCCCCUCAACAGCUGAACAGACACCUGAAGAGGUUACCAUUUGGCUCAAUGGCGGACCCGGCUGCUCCUCCCUCUCCGGAUUCUUGACCGAGAACGGACCUUUCACCUGGAUGGCUGGCACGCUCGCCCCUGUCCAGAACCCCUACUCGUGGACAAACCUGACCAACAUGCUCUGGGUCGAACAGCCUGUAGGCGUUGGCUACUCCCAGGGAUCACCCGACAUUACCGACGAGGUCGAGCUUGCUACUCAGUUCCGUGGUUUCUAUAAAAGUUUUGUCGACACAUUCCAGACUAAGAACUGGAAGACAUACAUUACCGGAGAGUCAUACGCUGGUUACUACGUCCCAUACAUCGCUGAUGGCUUCAUCUCCGCCAACGACACCGAAUACUUUAACUUGGGUGGUAUUCAGAUCAAUGACCCCAUCAUUGGUGACGAAACAAUUCAGCAGCAAGUCGUCAUCUUGCCUUACGUCGAAUUCUGGCAGAACCUCCUCUACCUCAACGAAACAUUCCUUGACCAGGUUCGUGAGCGUCAGGACUCGUGCAACUACUCCUCCUACCUCGAUACUUACUUCAAGUUCCCACCCCCUGAGGGACCUUUCCCCGUUUUGACAGAUCCAUACAGCACCGAGGACGGCGCGUGUGAUAUGUUUGACACUUUCUAUGCUGCCAUCCUCGAGGUCAACCCCUGUUUCAACAUCUACCACAUCUCGGAGACAUGCCCUCACCCAUAUAGCCAGCUCGGCAUAGUCAACACCGGUGAUUACUCUCCCCCUGGCGCCGUCAUCUACUUCAACCGCACCGAUGUCAAGGAGGCUUUGAACGCUCCUGUCGACACCAACUGGCUCCAGUGCACUGACAUCAACGUCUUCGGCAACGGUAAUGACAGCAGCCGCGCUUCUGAUGCGUCACCUCCUCCUGCCAAUAACGGCGUUCUCCAGCGUGUCAUCGAGUACACUAACAACACCAUCAUCGGUUCCGGUGACCUUGAUAUGCUCCUCAGCACCAACGGCACUCUAUUCGCUAUCCAGAACAUGACCUGGAACGGUGCCCAGGGCUUUUCUGAGUACCCUUCCACUCCGCUUUACGCACCUUACCACCCCGAACACAACGGAGGCGCGCUUUCUGGCGCUGGCAUCCAGGGUGUCUGGACCUCUGAGCGUGGAUUGACAUUCUACACUGCUCGCCUUGCUGGUCACGAGUUGCCUGGAUACACUCCUGGUGUUGCGUAUCGCAUGCUUGAGAUCCUGCUUGGAAAGGUCGAUGACUUCAGCAGCACUCAGAGCUUCACCACCCAGACUGGUAACUAUACUGGUAACGGUACCAUCUACAGGUGA